AUGUCAGAGAAAGAUCAGGAAAAAGGAAAAGCAAAAGAAACAUCUCCGGCUGCUGAUCCUGAAGUCACUCCAAUCCAUGUAGUAGACGAUUAUGAAGUCCAUAAAGCUACAAAUAACUCAUCAUCAAAAGAGCUUGCUGGUUCCAUCACUUGUGAAGAUCUGGAACGUUUUAUGGAGGAUCGAGGGAAAGGAAAUGCACCAUCUGUCCACCAUUUUGAUGAGAAUUCUUCUGAGUCAGACUCUCUUGGACAUGAGAUAAUGGAUUUCUGCUGUCCAGUUGAUUGCAGUCUGGUUGGUUCUUGUAACGGCUUAAUUUGUCUACAUGGAUUAACUGAUCAUAUUACCCCUGAUAACUAUGAUGAAGCUUCUCGUAUUGUCUAUGUACGCAAUCCCAUUACUAAAAAAUAUGUUACUCUUCCAAAAUUACCAUCUGGCGAUGAACCUGUUUAUUUCUUUGUGAUUGGAUUUGGUUAUGUUCCUACAACAAAUGAAUACAAGGUUGUUAGAAUGCAAUGGAGAAAUGAAGGGAAUAUAGAGAUUGAGAUUGGUAUGGGUGCUUGGCAAGACGGUGUGUUUGCAAAUGGCUGUAUCUAUUGGAAUUUGGGAGAGGGGGAAAUUGUGGCCUUCGAUUUGGCUGAUGAAAUGUUUGUCGAAUUACCUGAAUGUUCUGAAUUCAGGGAGAUUAUAGAUGAUGGUUGGAACAGGUGUAUUAGACUUGGGGUGUUGGGAGAUUGUUUGUGUGCUACUCACUACAAUACGGACACUGAAACUUCUGAUGUAUGGUUUUUGGAGAAGAAGCAAGAUGAAUCAUUGAUGAGUUGGAGUAUGGGAUUCAGCUUAGACGCCAAUACCGAUGGAAAUGAUAUACAAUACAGUACUCCGCUUGCCCUUACAAGUAGUGCUACAGUUCUCUGUCGCUCACCUACCGAGCUCCAUCUUUAUGACCUAAACUCCUCUUCUUCCAAAAACCUUGCGUAUAAUAAUGAAUCCUUUUAUGAUGUAAUUCCUCAUAGCAAUUCUUUAGUUUUCAUUGAUAGCAUUGUGGGAUAG